AUGGAUGACGAUCAAUAUUUUAUUAACCAAAGAUUAAUUAAUGCAGCUAAAAGAGGUGAAGAAGAAAAUGUUGAAGAGUUUGUUUUAGAUUCAGAAAAUAAAGUUGAUAUUAAUUGUACCGAUUCUAUUGGUGAAACAUCAUUACAUUGGGCAGCAAAGAAUAAUCAUGCAGAAGUUAUAAAGGUUUUAAUUAGAUUAAAGGCAAAUGUAAAUGCAGUUCAAGCAGGUUCAUUAGAUACUCCACUUCAUAAAGCUGCAUUUAAAAAUAAUUUAGACGCUAUCCGUAUUUUAGUCGUAGAUGGUAAAGCAAAUACUAACCUUAAAAAUAAAGAUGAUCGUACUCCACUUCAAUUGGCCAACGAUGUUGAAUGUCGUAAAUUAUUAGUACCAUCUGUUGAUACAAGUGUAGAUGAUGUUGUUGAUGAAGAAGAUAGCGAUAAUGAAUAA